UACUGGAGAGAAAACAUGAAACUGAGCCAAGAUUCACAGGAUGCCAAGGCCAAAAGAAAGAUGCUCAAACCUCAGGUGGAAAGACGCCGCAGAGAGAGAAUGAACCGCAGUCUGGAAAACCUCCGGACUCUGCUGUUCCAAGGACAGGAGCAUCCCAGGCGCAGGAUGGAGAAAGCUGAGAUUCUGGAGCACACGGUCCUGUUUCUGCAGAACACUGUUCAAAGAGCCCAGAGCAGACCUGGAGGAGACCACCAACACUCCUUCCAGCACGGAUACUCCGCCUGCAUGCAGAGAGCCACUCAGUUCCUGGGACCCCACGGAAACGGUGUGUGUCUCGGAGCGGCGCUGAAUGCCACAUUGUCCGCUCGCUUCGCCGGUUCAUCAGACUCUGAUCCUGCGGGGGUCCACGUGAGUCCAGGAGCGGGUCCUUCCAGCUCUCUGAUCCACAGAAAGUCUUCCAGGUCUGUGGUUCGGAUGCUGCUCCAGAGGUACAGACUGAACAGGCCUGUCCUCACUGUGAGGAGCAGCAUCCACACCCACACAGGCCCACGAAGCCCCCCCACCAACCAGCAGCAGAAAUCUGUGAGUCCGACCCAGAACCAAACUGUGGGCCAGUCUUUGUGGAGACCCUGGCCCUGCAGUGUCUGAGAAACUGAACUUUUAAAUAUUAUUAUUAGAAGAAUCGCUGAUGAAAAAGUUCAGUGUUUGUUCCAGUUACUGUUGACUCUAUUUGAUUCUGAAAGAGCCCGGUCCGGUCCACAGUCCGCUGGUUCUGAGGUGAGUGUGACAGAUGAGUUCAGACAUAUUCUAAUUCCUGUUCCAUGUGGUCCGUGUCCUGUGUUUUGGUUUGUCCUCUCAGGUACCAGAGGGGGAGACCCCACCCUAAACCAUUCCAUAUUCUCCUACAUAUAUAACAUGUCUAUUUGCACACUAAUUUAUUCUUAAUGUCUCGCUAUGGUGAGACACAUUCUUUUCUAUAUAUUAAAU